UCUACGUCUCAUUGUUUGGGGUCCUCAGUUGCAGCUCGGCGCCAGUGUCCCGGCUGUCGCAGCAGAAGUACAAGCGAAUGAAAAAUUUGUGAAAUAUUCAUUGAAAUCAAACUAUUAGGGAACUUUACAUCCUCCGUCGUCCAGCAAUGAAUCUAGAACUGCUCGAAUCGUUCGGGCAGAACUAUCCAGAGGAGGCGGAUGGCACUCUGGACUGUAUCAGUAUGGCCCUCACUUGCACCUUCAACCGCUGGGGCACCCUGCUGGCUGUGGGCUGCAACGACGGCCGCAUCGUCAUCUGGGACUUUCUCACACGGGGCAUCGCCAAAAUCAUCAGCGCACACAUCCACCCAGUCUGUUCUUUAUGCUGGAGUCGAGACGGACACAAGCUGGUGAGCGCCUCCACAGACAACAUUGUCUCACAGUGGGACGUCCUGACUGGAGACUGUGACCAGAGAUUCCGUUUCCCGUCACCCAUCCUGAAGCUGCAGUACCACCCCAGAGACAUGGACAAGGUACUGGUGUGUCCCAUGAAGUCCGCCCCGGUCCUGCUGACUCUGUCAGACUCCCAACAUGUUGUCCUGCCUGUGGACGAUGACUCAGACCUGAAUGUGGUGGCAGCCUUUGACAGACGGGGCGAGUACAUCUACACUGGCAACGCCAAAGGAAAGAUCCUGGUGUUGAACACAAACACUCAGGAGCUGGUGGCGUCCUUCAGAGUGACCACUGGCACCAGCAACACCACUGCCAUCAAAUCCAUUGAAUUUGCACGCAAGGGCAGUUGCUUCCUCAUAAACACGGCAGACCGGAUCAUCAGAGUGUACGACGGCAGGGAGAUACUGACCUGUGGCCGGGACGGUGAACCUGAACCCAUGCAGAAACUACAGGACCUGGUCAACAGGACUCCGUGGAAGCGCUGCUGUUUCUCUGGGGAUGGCGAGUACAUUGUGGCCGGUUCGGCCAGGCAGCACGCCCUGUACAUCUGGGAGAAGAGCAUCGGUAACCUGGUGAAGAUCCUGCAUGGAACCAGAGGAGAGCUGCUGCUGGAUGUCGCUUGGCAUCCUGUCCGUCCGAUUAUCGCCUCCAUCUCCAGUGGAGUGGUGUCGAUCUGGGCUCAGAACCAAGUGGAAAACUGGAGCGCUUUUGCUCCAGACUUCAAAGAACUGGAUGAGAACGUGGAGUACGAAGAGCGAGAGUCAGAGUUUGACAUUGAGGAUGAAGACAAGAGUGAACCUGAGCAGACAGGUGCAGACGCUGCAGAGGAUGAAGAGGUGGAUGUCACCACUGUUGACCCCAUAGUUGCUUUUUGCAGCAGUGAUGAGGAGCUGGAGGACUAUAAGGCCCUGCUGUACCUGCCCAUUGCCCCUGAAGUUGAGGAUCCAGAGGAAAACCCCUUCGGCCCCCCCCCGGAUGCAUCGGUCCAGGCUUCAGCCCCGGAGGACGCGGUAGCUGGCGGUGACAAGAAGCAGCGGCAGCCUUCAUCUGAAGGUGGCCCAGCCAAAAAGAAAGCCCGCACCACCACCAUCGAACUGCAGGGGGUGCCCAGCGACGAGGUUCACCCCCUACUGGGUGUGAAGGGGGAUGGCAAGUCCAAGAAGAAGACAGCAGGUCGGCCCAAAGGCUCCAAAGGUAAAGACAAAGACUUCCCCUUCAGGCCCAAGCCUUACAGGGGCGAACGGUCCUCCUUCCCCGUGGAAUCCUUGGGCAGCUCUGGCCCGGGAGUUGGAGUUGGAGUUGGAGUUGGAAUUGGAGUUGGAGUUGGAGUUGGAGUUGGAGUUGGAGUUGGAGUUGGAGGAGGAGGAGGGAUGAAGGGCAGGGCAGAGGGGGGCCUGGCCACAGGGACUCUGGUAUCACAGUCGUACAAACAGCAUGACAUUGGAGGGAUGGACUGAUCACUGAUGAUUACGCUUGUGGAGGAGCACCAGUAGGCUCAAACAAAGAGACACAAAUCCUGAUGUCAUGUACAGACCAUGAGUGAGCAGCCUGUUUGGUGUACAGACUGUUUCCUCUCCCAACCAGAGCACAGCCUCACAUGGAAACCCCCCAGGCUGGAUCACACACAGGAGCUGACAAAGAGAACGUGAAGCAGCCGAAUCAUCACAGUAGAUGUAACAUGUCCUCUGUCUCUGUAGGAUUUGUCUUGUAUAGAACGCCUGUGUCCUGAUUGUGUGUGAAUCUGCGUGUGUGUGUGUGUGUGUGUGUGCGUGUGUUGUCUUUCUCGUUAUUUUUAUACAUAUUAAAACAUUCUC